AUGCUCGACGUUAAUGAUUUCGGGCCGCGUGAAGUGAUGAAGUCGAUGUACACGUACCACUUCACUGGUGCGAGCAACCCACCAGGUAGGUCAGAGGCGAUCCCAGGAUGGCGGCGGCUAGAGAUAGGAGGAUGGUGGUGGGGAAGGCGCUGGAGGAGUACGACGGUUGGAGGGAUGAAGGCAGCACAGGUGGAAGGCGUGGAUGAAGAGGGCGGAGAGGGGUGA